CCCACCUUGGCUUUCACACUAAAACAAAGCCAAUCAAAUCCCAACCCUCUUCCUCUUGUUCUGUGGCGCAUAAACAAUGGAAAUCUGCAGACCCAUCUUCACCAGCCAAAGAAUACCUUAGUCUUUUAAUGGCUUCCUUCAUUUUCUGCACCAAAUGGUAGGUUAGGUACAAUGCAACCUUCUUCAGCAUAAGAUUAUAUCAUCUUUCUCUAUCUCUUUCAGCUUUUUUUCGAUCAAAAAGCAGAAAGUUCAUCAUCCAUUACCUGGAACAAAGAAAAGGGAAUGUUAUUGAGUAUUAUAUCUCCUGAGAUGUCAAGAUUUUCAAAUGAAAUGAUGCAAAAAGAUGGUAAUCUGAUAUACCCAUCUCCUCUUUCACCUUUUGAUGUUGGCACUGAUCCAAUAUCGAAUGAUUCUGUACCAUCGUCUUCUUCUUCUUCUUCUUCUUCUUCUUCUUCUUCUUCUUUCAGCCGCAUCAGCCCAAUUCUUCUUCUAGUUAUAGUAAUUCUAGCAGUCAUCUUCUUCAUCUCUGGUUUACUCCAUUUGCUCGUUCGAUUUCUGCUGAAAAGAUCUUCCCCGUCAAUCUACCAUCACUCCAAUCGAUACACAGAAAGGCCUGGCUCUCACACACUCCAAAGACAGCUCCAGCAGCUCUUUCGCCUUCACGAUUCAGGCCUCGAUCAAUCCUUCAUCGACGCUUUGCCAGUGUUCUUGUACAGAGAUAUUGUGGAUUUGAAAGAGCCGUUCGAUUGCGCCGUUUGUCUCAACGAGUUUUCCUAUCACGACAGGCUGAGAUCGCUUCCCAUCUGCAGCCAUGCUUUUCAUAUCAAUUGCAUAGAUACAUGGCUGCUAUCGAACUCCACUUGCCCUCUCUGCAGAGCCUCUCUUUUGAGCUCUAAUUUUCCUCUCGAAAACCCUAAUUUGGACGAGAUUUUAGGGCGCGGAAACGGUUCUCACAGGCAACCAGAAAAUCCCCUUUCUGGAAAUCAUCAGAAACGAGUAACAACAACAAUCGAUGAAUCUUCAAGGGAAAUGAGAGUUUUCUCAGUGAGACUCGGAAAAUUCAAAAAAAUAAACAGCGAAGAAGAACAAGAACACGAAGAACAAACAGAAGAGGAAGGAGAAAGCAGCAACCAAAAUCACCUAAACGCGAGAAGAUGUUAUUCAAUGGGGACUUACCAAUACGUCGUUGGAGAUUCAGAUUUACAGGUGAUGAAGGAGAAAUUAAACCCUGCAAUCUUCCAGGGAAACGGAGAGGUUGAAGGUAAGAAAAUCAGUGGGAGAAGUAACGGGGAAAGUUUCUCGGUGUCGAAGAUUUGGCAAUGGUCGAAGAAGAGUGGAUUGCCGAUUCCGAGCAGCUCGAACAAUCAAUGGAGGCCGGAAUUCGUCUGAAAUCUUCUUGGAUUUGAUCGAUAUCAAUUGAACUUGGAUUGUAUCAGAGAAAUGAGAUCAAAAUGAUUUGUUUCUUCGAUAUUGCUUGGAACUUGGUUUCCUGAGAGAGUGAACGUUUUCAAAAUUUGAAGCUUCAAAGUGUUUUUCAAAAUGAUCGUCUCUCAGUCCGCCAUGUGUGGAAACCUUCGCGAUCACGAUCAAGAAUUUGCGCAACAGAACAUGAAGAAGAUGGAGUAUAAUUACUGGAAUUUUAUAAGAGGUGAAAAUUUAAAUACUUUAUUUGUGUUGAUUUUAUAUUUUUUAUUUUAAACUUUGCAUAAAAAGGCUGAUUUUUGGUAUUAA